UAGCCAUAUUGUUUUGCGUAUAUGUCAGUGGUGUUCUUUCAUAUUGAGUCUCCUUAAAAGAUUGAGCACGUUAUUUAUUAAACGGUUUAAUCAAAAAUUGUGUACGAUGACGGCUCACGAUCAGAUGAGGGCGAUGUUGGAUCAGCUAAUGGGUACAGGUAGAAAUGGGGAGAACAACCGAUUCCAGGUGAAAUUUAACGACCCAAAGGUGUGCAAAUCGUUCCUGCUGGGUUGCUGCCCCCAUGAGAUCCUUUCCUCCACGCGUAUGGACCUUGGGGAAUGCCCGAAAAUCCAUGAUCUCGCCCUGCGAGCGGAUUUUGAAAAGGCCCAAGCCUCUAGAGAUUACUUCUACGAUUUGGACGCUAUGGAACAUCUUCAGGCUUUCAUUAGCGACUGCGAUAGAAGAACGGAGGCGGCUAAGCAAAGACUGGCGGAAACCCAAGAAGAACUUUCAGCGGAAGUUGCGGUUAAAGCUAAUAGCGUUCAUGAAUUGGCCGAGCAAAUUGGGCAAAAAUUGGCUAAAGCUGAACAACUUGGCGAAGAAGGAUUUGUUGAUGAAAGUAUGAAACUUAUGGAAGAGGUGGAUGAAUUAAGGAAGAAAAAACUUGAAGCUGAACAAGAAUACAGAAACUCAAUGCCAGCUAGUAGUUAUCAACAACAAAAACUCCGCGUUUGCGAAGUUUGCUCCGCUUAUUUAGGCAUUCACGACAACGAUAGGCGAUUAGCGGAUCAUUUCGGUGGAAAACUCCAUUUGGGUUUUAUUAAAAUUCGGGAGAAACUCGCCGAACUUGAAAAAACCUCUGAAAAACGCAAAGAAGAACGGCGUAAAGCACGGGAUACGGAUCGUGAUAAAGAUAGAGAGGAUCGUUACAGACAUCGCGAAACUUACGUCGGUGGUCGCGAACUCGAUCGAAGAUCGAAACGUCAUCGUUCAAAGUCCCGCGAACGAAGGGAUAGGGAGCGUGAAAAAGACAGGGGAGAACAAAAAAGUCGUUCGUAUCGCUCUAAGUCUAGGAGUCGCGAUAGGGACCGUCGUUCCCACUCCAGACACUCCGGGUCUGGAAAUUCCGACCGAAGACGCGAACGUGAUAGAGAUUAAAACGGUAGUAAUAAUUUUUUUUCUUCGUUAUUUCUGAUUUCUUUGUCCAAUUAGGAGUCCGUUUAGGGCCGGUGCUUUAGAUCACCUUCCCCCGUCUAAUUUUAUUUCUUUAAUGAUGUGUUGGUUUGGCUAUUCUGAUGUUCUGUGUACAUUUCAUAUAACGUUAUUAAGUUUUUAUUCCCUUUCACACAAUUUAAUAUAAUUUUUUGUUAUUUAAGGGUUGUAAUCAUAUAAUUACUUAAGUCUUUAAUCUAUUUUGGGUGCCCCCUUGUAAUUGGUAAUGUUGUCAAGAUAAAGAUAACUUACUUUACGUUUGUGGGCUCGAAUUAAUAAAGAAACUGACUAUGUACAUAAA